CUGCUGACAGGGGCGUUUCAACAACAGAUCUGCAGCUGGGCUGGCACAAGCCAGGCCUCUUACCCAGUGGGGCUGGGCUGAAGGGACAGGGACGAAAAGGCAGCUGAAGGCUUCAGAGAACCCGGACCUAGGGACGCAUCAAUGGCCCUGGGAGAAGAAAAGGCAGAGGUGGAGGCAUCCCUGGACACAAAGGCCCCGUCCUGUGGGCGGUGGAGCUGCAGAGAGCAGGAGGCGGACACCCCGGGGCCUGUGAGUGGGGAGCAGCCACCACGCCUGGAAGCUGAGGGAGGGCCUGCCUCCCCUGUGUGGGGGACAGAGGGCCUACCUGCCCCUCUCUGCUGCCCCUCUGGAGCCUGCCAGUCACAGGCCAGCAACACCAGCAGGGAGCCAGUGGCUGGUGCAUCUCAGCCUGCUCUCAGUUGCCUGCUUCCUCCUGCCAGUGUGGGGACAGAUCUGCAUUCUGUGGGAAGCCAGGUAGCUACUAAGAUGGAGGACACCAGGCUUUCUGCCUCAGAGGAGCUACCUCAGGCUACAACCGUUCCCAGAGCCACAGCCCUUUGCUCAGGACAUGAUGCUGAUACCGAAGAUGACCCAUCCCCCCUGGAGUCACCGCGGGUGCUGGCCCUCAGCCAACAGCCUCACAUCUCAGGUUUCCCUUUCUCGUCAAAGUGGAGGUCCACGGUGAGCCCAGGUGCCACUGCUCCUCCGUUUCCCAGCUGCAGAGUGUCUGCCUCAUCCCCUGGCAGCAGUUCCCAAGGACACCAAGAGAAGGCGGAGCCUCAGAGUUGCUCCCUUGCCAAGGUCUCUUCCCUGGAGCUGGUUGGCCCCCAGUCGGCCCCCUCCAUGGUGGGACCAGGGCCUCAGCUCCAGUGGUCUCCACAGCCUGUGUCCUCUGGGGGUGAUGGUCCUGGGCUGCGCAGGAGGCAUCUAUCCUUCCAAGCCGAGUACUGGGCCUGCGUGCUGCCAGAUUCCCUGCCGCCUUCCCCUGACCGCCGCUCCCCCCUGUGGAACCCAAAUAAAGAGUAUGAAGACCUGCUGGACUAUACUUACCCACUUAGGCCCAGGCCUCGGCUCCCAAGGCAUCUGGAAAGCUGCGUGCUGGCUGAUCCUGUCCUGCAGGACUCAGGUGUAGACCUGGAUAGCUUUUCUGUCUCCCCAGCAAGCACUCUAAAGUCACCCACUAAUGUCUCCCGCAGUUGCCCACCAGCGGAUGCCAGUGCCCUGCCAUUCUCUGGGCCCAGAGAACCAAGCUUUAAACGGUGGCACUCUGGAGUACCCCAGGAGCAGGGCAGCGUGGGGCUGGCAUCUUGUAGCCAGCUCACAUCUACUCCCAGAGCUGCAGGCAGCAAGGAUACUACUUGGGAAAGGAGAGACCCAGCCCUGAGGGGUAUGAAGGACUGGCGGACCGCGGGCAAGCACCUCGAGGUGGGCCCUCCCCAACUGAGGACAUGGGACAGAGGAUGGCCCUCAUCCGGGCCAGAAAGAGAGAAGGGGGCUGGCCAAGGUGUCCAGCGCCCUGCCUGCAUGGAGUCUGGAUGGAAACCAGAAGAGGACUUAGAAAGUGACGACGAGUAUCUUGCCCUGCCCACUCGGCUGACACAGGUUUCUAGCUUGGUUUCGUAUCUAGGUUCUGUUCCCACUUUGGUGACCCUGCCCACCAGAGCUGCUGAAGGGCAGAGCUCCCUGGAUGUGUCGAACAGUGAUGGGCCCACUUCCUUCCCAUCAGAUUCCAGCCAAAGCCAGCUUCCCUCUGGGGCUGUCCCCAGAGGACCUGGGGCUCUUGAGGAGCAGAACCACUGUUUGCUCCGCUCCUUUCUCCAUGCAAGGGACUCUGCAGGGGACGGCAGUCUGGUGAGCAGCCAGGCACUGGGGGUCUCCUGUGGACCUCUGAGAACAUGCUCCUCCUUACCAGUUAUUUUGGACCAGCAGACAUUCUUGGACCCAGACCGCAAAGGGCAGCCUCCCAGGAGAGGAAGAGAGCAGGGAAAAGAAUCACUCAUGCACUGUGUGAAGACAUUUUGCUGUCAGCUAGACGAGCUGAUCCACUGGCUGUAUAACAUAGCAGAUGUUACCGACCACUUGACUCCACCCAAGUCCAGCCUUACGAGUCUCAAGUCUUCUCUGCAGCUUUACCGGCAAUUUAAGAAAGACAUAGAUGAACACCAGUCCCUGGCGGAGAAUGUCUUAGAGGAAGGGGAGAUUCUUCUUCAGUGCCUGUUGGAUAACACCCCAGUGUUAAAGGAUGUCCUCAGGAGGAUCUCAAAGCAGCCCAGCGAGCUGGAGAGCCACGCAGAUCACCUGUAUGACACAAUCUUAGCCUCUGUGGACAUGCUGGCUGGUUGCACCCUCAUCCCUGAUGACACACCAGUGGCACACAGUAGUGCUGAUGUGUCUGGGAUGAGCCUGGCAUCUUCUCAGGCAGAGAUGUAAUCUGUCUCCCCAAACCUGGCUGGUGGGAAACUUUCAGGAAGAAAGUAAGAGCCAUUUAACACUGAUAAUCAAGGGGGAAACUUAAAGCUAAUGUACUAGCUUUAAAAUGCCUUUCUCUUCCCUGAAAUAAGGGGCUAUUGAAUUACUAUUUUCAUUUAAAACGAAUACUUCCAAACUAAAGUGUUCCUUUGGUGCUUCUCUGCAAAGAGCAUGAGGCUUUGCAGUCUUUUGAUAAAAUAAUGUUAAUAGUCUUAUACGUCUUUCUUCCCUUCUGCCCAGUUAAAAAGAGCAGACAGAGCUCCUAAACUAGUCCAUGCACUGAGAUCAUGUAAAGAAGGCUGGUAUGAGAAAUAAGGUACCAAAUACUCAGUACUCUCAGGCAUACAAGAGGACUCGAGUGAUUGGUUGGUUGGUCAGGAACUUGGGUCUUUUCAUAAAAAUGAAGCUUAGGUUUGUAAGUCCCAUUUAGAAGACUUUAGAAGAGACUUUAACUCUCUAAAUUCAUAGAAGAUUCCUCUACAAAUUAGGGGAUUAGACCUUUUGUCAUCUUCAGGGCUUAGGGGUCCAUCUGCCUCCCUAACUAAUAUCUUAAAGGACAGUGUGUUGGGGACAUUGGGAAUUGCCAUUGAGCUACAGCAAGACUGUGGACUAAUGAGCCAUCUUAAGGGUACCUCGAGGAGGAUGCUCCCCUCCAUUCCUACUCUCCUGUGGAAGAGUAGUAGUCCACGGUCAGGGAAGGGAAGGGCAUGGAUAGGAUCAUACAGCCUAGUUAGCUACAGAAACUAAGGCUGUAAAUAGUGAAGGGCAAAAAGGAAUUUUUUGUUGCUUGGGAGUUGACGUGUAAGUACCUUGAUAGAAUUAAAUCUACAGAUCAACCAUUUAAAACAUAGAUUCUGUAGCUCUUAAAGCAAAGCAGUCAUCCAUUGCCGGUAACCACAGAUAAUGCAAAAACAAAAAUCAGUUCGUUUCUAUUGGGCUAUGAAUUAACAUGGAAUGAGAAAAGCACAUUUCCCCCCAUGUAAGCUUAGUAUUAUAGUGGGCUAAGAUUUAAGGAAAGGGUUCUUCAUACUUAAAUAUAUGAGAUAAGCACUUAAAGAUCUUUUUUCAAACUCCUUCCAGAUUCUCAUUUCAGGAAGGUGCUUUAAAAAGGAAGAUCUUUUAAGUUUGUAAAGAAUGAACAAGUCACCUUGAAUCAAAAGAAGAUGAUGAUGGAACAAUUACUCUCACAAGCAAACUUACGAUACCCCUCAGAACAAAACAUUUAAUACCAAAUUACUUUCUUUAAAGGAAAUUUAGGACUUUAGUUUUGGGGGCUGAGCCACAUAAUCUUUAACGCCAUCUCACCCACAUCCAUAUGAACUAAAGUCCUAUUAUAAAUGUAACUUUUUCUGCUUUAAAAUUUCAGACUGCAUAGUCACUGGGAAAUAUAAAAUUUCAAUAGUAGCUAUAUAAAAUUCAGUAUUUCAAGUGCCUGCUGCUACUGUGGUAUGAUUUACCAUAAUGCUUAGUUUAAGGGCAUGAUCAGAAUUAAACUAUGUAUGAAGAUUC